AUGUUUUCUGUGCCACGGUACCUUAAUAAAUGUCUACAACAACCAAAGUUUUCUGGUUUAACCAGCGAUAACUUGUUUGCUUUGCGAGCUCAGGGUCUCGCUCUGAAGUGUGUCACGGCAGGUCGAAAUCGACGUUUUUUCAAGUAUCAUGCUAUGCCCACGAAGGUUAUCCAUAUUAGUGCGCACCUAGAAGUCACUGAUGCUGCCGGACUGGAAGAGGUUGUACAAUGGAACGAUGUCACCUCUUAUCCGGCGGUUUUUGACGGGGUACAGAUUUAA